AUGAAUAAUACGUACAGAUCAAACCUAAAACGAAUUAGAGAUCUCUUACUAUCCGAUACAAUUGAAGAUGAUUACGUUACUGGUGAAGAUUCUGAUUCAGAUAAUGAUUCUGAUUUUGUGCCUAUUCAAUCAGAUGAUACAUCGACAAAUGAACAUAUAUCAGAAGAAUCUGAUAUAUCAAAUUCGGAUGGUGAUGAUCACUGUGAUGUUUACACAGAUGAUCAACCAGAAACAUUAGAAAAAGCAGGUAUUAUAUGGUCAAUUCAUGCUAAUCCGGCACAAGGCCGAAUACCGGUUGCUAAUAUUAUUAAAACAAAACCAGGUCCAAUUACCAAGGUUCAAACGAUUUUGGAUGCAUUUAAACUUUUCUUGACAAAUGAAAUCCUGGACGAAAAGUUCGACAAAUCUGUGAUAAUUAUGGACAAAAUGUUUGUCUUUCGCAUUCCAGCAACAUCACAGUAG